AUGACUGAAAGCAUGGAUUCGGAGCUGAAUCAAUGGGAAAAGAAACUCUCUGCGGAACAAUCCCCAAACAACGAAGAUACAAUUUUGGAAUGGGAGCGCCAGUUGGAGCGCGAGGACAUGGAGAUGGUGAUGUCUCCCUGUCCAGAAUUGCGAGAAGCAGGAAGGACGCGAGACGAGUGCGAACCGAUGCCCUACUACGCAGACAUGCAUGCUCUGAACCAUUUAUUGCGAUUUAUUUGUAGGGAAUAUGCGCGACAGCCACGAGGCAGUUGGCCACGGGCACGUAUGCCCAAGUCCGUGCCCAAGCUCUGGGCACCCAAGCUAACAAAUGUUUUCGGGAGUAAGACAAAGGUGACACAUCUUGGUGACACAGAGAUGUGUGAUGACGGGCCCCAGCGUGACCACGAGGAGGAUGUAAACCACGAACCGAGAAAUUCCAAAUCCCUCCGCGACGGGCAAUCGCUCGUGGUGCCGCAGCAUGCAGGCGCACCGUUCAUCGCCCCAACUAGGAUUUUCGUCGCACCCAAGGCUGAGGCGCCAGCAGACGCAGUCAUCACGAUGGGUAUCUGUCUGCUUGUCGAGUUCAUGAUGGCACCUGCGGACGCAGAGGAACCGCCACAACUCCGUGCGUUUUGGAGCGAGGUCGGCGUUCUAACUAAUACCCCCCAUCUUGGGCUACCCCAGCUGCAUGAUUUCGUCUUCCAGAUGUUCGCACUCUGCAUGUUCACUCCUGAGUGCACAGUCAUCGCGCUCAUGCUCGUGAUUAGGAUUCUCUCGUAUCAUCCUCACCUCCGUGUGACGAGCCGAAACUGCAAGCGACUUCUUCUUUCCUGGGGUCGUGUCCAGCCGGCGGAACGCCCCUGCCCCAUCGAUCGCAUAAAUGCCAUGGAGUGCGUCUUCCUUGGCGCCCUAGGUUUCGAUCUCUACAUCCCAGAAGUCAAAUAUGUUGCCUGUAUCGACGAACUCGUUUCGAUUGUCAGAAUGCACGAACGGGAUGAUGUUCGCAUUCCUGCACUUCUUCGAACCCACAUCGAAUUCCUCAACGGGCCAAACGCGCUCCGCUUUCCUUGGCUCUCUGUCAACAACAUCAAGCGAGCGCCUAAAAAGACAAAAUCGCGACAAUAGUCGUCUUGAGGUACCGCUCCGGGCCCAGGCGCUUGAGUAACGCCCCCGGUCGCCGGCGCAACGUCGUGGGUUGCGCAUGGUCGUCAAGACCGGUGCGCGAAGCACACGCUGCGCUGCACGUUCAGCGACCGAGCUCCAAGUGCGAGCGCGAAUAUGCAUGUUGACAUGUGACGUGCGUUGGAGCUCUUGCACGUUUCGUAAAGCCUGCUAUGGCGCCUCUAUGAGGCUUGGCUGGGCUGCGACGACCGGAAAAACAGGUACAAUCAUUCAGGUACUCCGCUGACGCUACUUAAAACGACGCCCUGAACAACUGUACCUGUUUUUCCUCGUCGCUACGCUCCUCGGAACUCGC